GGCUUCUCCCAUGCGCCAUUUGCGUCCUUUUGUGUGUUCUAGAGAGAGAAAUUGCUCUCUCUCUCCCCCUCGUCUCAAAUAGGUGAAGCGAGCUCCAGUUUUUCAAGUUUGAUAUAAAAUGGCCGAGGCUGAGGAUAUUCAACCCCUUGUCUGUGACAAUGGCACUGGAAUGGUGAAGGCUGGAUUUGCUGGAGAUGAUGCCCCAAGGGCUGUGUUUCCUAGUAUUGUUGGUCGACCCCGACACACUGGUGUCAUGGUAGGAAUGGGCCAAAAAGAUGCAUAUGUUGGAGAUGAAGCUCAAUCAAAGAGAGGUAUUCUCACUUUGAAAUACCCAAUUGAGCAUGGUAUAGUGAGCAAUUGGGAUGACAUGGAGAAGAUUUGGCAUCACACCUUCUACAAUGAGCUUCGUGUUGCUCCUGAGGAGCACCCAGUUCUUCUCACUGAGGCACCCCUGAACCCCAAGGCAAACAGAGAGAAGAUGACCCAAAUCAUGUUUGAGACCUUCAAUGUUCCGGCAAUGUAUGUCGCUAUUCAGGCCGUGCUUUCUCUGUAUGCCAGUGGUCGUACUACUGGUAUCGUGCUCGACUCUGGUGACGGUGUCAGCCACACAGUCCCAAUCUAUGAGGGUUAUGCCCUCCCUCACGCCAUCCUCCGUCUUGAUCUUGCUGGUCGUGACCUCACUGAUGCCCUAAUGAAGAUCCUGACUGAGAGAGGCUACUCCUUCACCACAACAGCAGAGCGGGAAAUUGUUCGUGACAUGAAGGAGAAGCUCGCAUACGUGGCUCUGGACUACGAACAAGAGCUUGAGACUGCAAAGAGCAGCUCCUCCAUUGAAAAGAGCUAUGAGUUGCCUGAUGGUCAGGUGAUCACCAUUGGGGCUGAGAGAUUCAGGUGCCCUGAGGUUCUAUUCCAGCCAUCUUUGAUAGGAAUGGAAGCAGCUGGUAUCCAUGAGACUACAUAUAAUUCAAUCAUGAAGUGUGACGUGGAUAUUAGGAAGGACCUUUAUGGAAACAUUGUGCUCAGUGGUGGGUCAACUAUGUUCCCUGGUAUUGCUGAUCGUAUGAGCAAGGAGAUCACUGCUCUUGCCCCUAGUAGCAUGAAGAUCAAGGUGGUGGCUCCACCUGAGAGGAAAUACAGUGUCUGGAUUGGAGGUUCUAUCUUGGCAUCUCUCAGCACUUUCCAACAGAUGUGGAUAGCCAAGGCUGAGUAUGAUGAGUCUGGCCCAUCCAUUGUUCACAGGAAGUGCUUCUAAAUGAAAACGAUGGUCAGUGGUAUGUCGCUUUUUCACCUUUGGGUCCCCCCUUUUUAUGUGAGAUCUAGCUGUUUGAUUGAGAAAUGGUGUAGAAGAGUAUUUGCAGUGAGGUUUUCUAGAGUUGUAUUAGCUUGAUAUGGUAUUGUAUGUCUUGCUUUAGAUUGGAAAAUUUCCGGUCACCUUGUCCCCUCUCUAUUUCUCUCCCUUGAGCCAUUGGUAUUUGUAAUGGCUAGUUUCCCUGUCAUUGAGGAUUAUGGGAAUGUAGUAGUUUUUCCAUUUGUCGGAGGGAGUCAGAGAGAGACUGCCGAUUGUUGUGGCAACCUAGUGGUAGAGAGCGUGUGGGUAUGUUUUUUUGGGCUGUUUCUGUUAAUAGUAGUAUGAGAAAUUUGAUAUGAUAUCAACCUCUGGUAUUGACUCAUUUAUUGGGUGUUAGUGUUAUCAUAUUGUUAUCUCUAUUCCUUUA